AUGUCAACGUUUGUCUUUACAUUGGCCUGGAGGCAGUCAUCUCGGUUCUGUCAUAUCAGGCCGAUCAAACAUGCCACUUCUAAUGUCUUGUCUACAAAAACAAGUUCAGUAACAGGCAGCAUUUUUGAGCGAAUUCCUAAAGAGGAGCUGGCACCGAAAACCAGACCACGGCUGCGAAACAGGGAGUUUCUCCCAGGCUCAACGGGUGACGGAUUCCCAGAGUACUUGGCAGAGCCAAGUGACUCUUUCCCGCACGGAGUGCGCGUCAAAACUAGAGACCAGUCCUCACUCUCAGAAAUGGGUGCAAAUUGUAUGGAGUACAUAAAGAAGAACCUUACCGAUAGGCAGGCGAUAUUGUUCCGCGGAAUUCCAGCUGAAACAGCACAGGACUUCUUGGCCUUAACCCAAGGAAUGCGAGGCAAGCCUCUGAGCUACGAGGGUGGUGCUGUACCCAGACCCAGGGAAUUGAAAAAUUCUGACAUCUACUUUUCCAGUGCUGAACCUGGAGCGUACACCAUCGAGUUACAUAAUGAAAUGCCAUAUCUCAAGACUUUCCCCAAGAAGGUAUUUUUAGACUAAAACACAGACUAAUAAUGCUGAGACACCAGGGUAUUUUGAGGGCACUCCUCACCACCCCACUCAGUCACCAGGUUUAUGAUGCGCUAUCACUAAUUCAGUAGUUCUUUCGCUCAUCCAUACAUUCAUUCAUUCGUGGAUGAGUUUACUCGUACUUUGGUUUAUUUGCUCCCUUAAUCAGUUCGUUCUCCCAUCUGUUCAAUCAUUUACCCAUUCAUUCGUUUAUUCGUUCUCUUGUUCACCCGUUCAUUUGCUAAUCCUCUCAUUUACCCUUUUGAUUAUUGCUUCAUCAGUCAAUUGGUUCUUUGCUUCAUUGCUUCACAAGUUCAUUUGGUUUGUUCACUAAUACGAUUAUUUUUUUAUUUGUCCACUCGUUGAUUCUUCCAUUCUUUUAUCCGUCUAUUAAUUUUCCCCAUGGAUUAAUUCAUCCUCCACAGAUUUUCUUUUUUUGCCUAAAAGAGCCUGGCGAGACUCCUUUGGCUAAAUGCAGCGACAUUGUAUCCAAACUUGAUUCCGAAGUCGUAAAAAAGUUCGAGGCAAAAGGAGUUAUGUAUAUACGACAUCUACCGGAUAAAUCACGGUCAGACUACAUGCCCUGGCAGCAUCAGUUUUACACUGACGACAGAAAGGUAAUACAACUUGGUUCACAUCAGGAAUCCCAUGUAAGAAUUGAUUGUCCUUUAAAGACAAAAACAAAUUGAGGAGAUUUCAAAAGAAAAUGACGAUUUUCAGUCUCGAACCCGGUUAUUGAAUUUACAUUGAUGACCUUAUUUACUCUUUUAGGCAGCAGAAAUAAGAGCACAGCAGCGAGGUAACACUGUAAGAUGGGACGAUAACGGUGAUAUGUACUUGACUUACACCGCGCCGGCCUUUCUUUCUCACUCAGUAACAGGAGAAAAACUCUGGUUCAACCAAGUAACAAGUUACCACUGUACUUACUCAAAAGCACUGCCACAGUACAAAGGUUCUGAUCUCCCGGAUGAGAAAUAUCCCUGUCACACCUAUUAUGGAGACGGAAGUGACAUCGAACCAGAAGUGUUACAACACAUUAGAGCAGUUUCAUGGUCAUGCGCAGUUGGGUUUCGGUGGAAGAAGGGUGAUUUAAUAGUGCUUGAUAAUCUGAACGUUCAGCAUGGACGAAUGGCCUUCACGGGAGAGAGAAAAUUACUGGUGCAUAUGACGGCAGACUGAACCUACCCUUCACCUUGAGUUUUAGUUUGAAGAGGGAUUAUAAUUAAUCAUCAAUUAAAAGUUACCAGUUUUUUAGUUUUUCGACUAAGUUAGCGCACAGGAAACCCAAGUUCAUGACACUGAACGAACCCGAACGUGACACAUAGCGGCAAUGGGGGGAUGACUUUUACGGCUAACGGUUAGGAUUUUGGCCAUUUUACAGCUAACGGUUAAUCCAGAGAGAAAGAAGUUAGAAAGAGAAAAUUUUUGUAGUUAUUUUUUUUUAACGACUUUCGAUCAAAAUUUGUCAAUUUUUAUGCCUUACGAUUAAAUUGUUUAGCUGUUUUACGGCUAACGGUUAAACCAUCGAGACCUCUUAGCGCUCUGGCGCAUAAUCAUUUGAUUUAGCUUAUUUUUGAUCGAUCAGUAAUGCCGAUAAAACGAAAGACCUCGGAGAGUUUUGUGUUUUAAAACAAAUUUACAUACCAGAUUGUGUCCAUAGCGUUUCCCAUAGUUAAUGACUUGUAACGAGUUGAUAUAUAUUCAGAGGCGGAAGUAGGAGAAUAGCAGAAAUAGCGAGAAAGUCAGUUUUCUUCGCACCUAUCAGUCAUGAAUUAUUAUAAAUGUAUACCACUGGAUCUUUCCUCUAUGACAUUGUCUCAUACCUCUAUAUCAUUAGUUGUAUCUUUACAUCAUUCGAUCAUAACUGUAUGCCAUUAGAUUGUUUUGCAAUGCCAAUGUGAUUCAAUUUAUUAUGGAGGGGGGUUCUGGGCUAAAAUUUGAUAAGAUUAAAUUUUGUCUUUUGAAACUGGAAAUAGAUUUGGAGGAUGUUUUGAAUUCGAGGUCUUGCAACAACUGGUGACGAAAAACACUGUGCAAGCCAAGUUAGUUUAUAAGGACCCUGCGGACGUGAAAAACCUAAAAUCCUCUGCCAUAUAGCUGUUGUUGUUUGAGAGGAACUCUGAUUCCCCACGGCCAGGUUUCUUAAUUCUCUUCAGUAACACUUUUCUUAGAAUUGUGGUCCUCCUCGCGAAGAGUACCCCUCUAGAACGGGGUGUUGAUCCAUCCAUCUUCCACGACUCUUCCCAGUAGGUUCCAUUAACUCUAAAAAUUAAAUUUCAGUAAUGUAUCUCAGUAUUUAGGUAACAUCGAACCCAGUCACUUAAAUCGGUGUUUUGCCUCGGUGGUCGGAUCAAAUGACAUCGAGGAACGAUCGAAUGGCAUACAGAUAAGAUCGAAUCACAUUGAUUGUGGCCCGAUCUAAUGGCAUACAGUUACAGUCAAAUAGCAUAGAGAUACGAUCUAACGGCAUGGAGGUAUGAUUCAGUGGCAUAGAAGUAUGAUCUAAUGGUAAACAGUUUCAGUAGAAUUGCAUGGAAACGAUUUAAUAUCAUGCAGACAUGAUCAAAUGGCAUGGAGAUACGAUCUAAUGGAAUGAAGGUAUGACUCAAUGGUAUGGAAGAAUGACCUAAUGGUAUGACAGUGUGAUCAAAUAGCAUAAAAUAACGAUACAUGGAAUGAAGGCUAAGCAUCAUGUUAGUCCAGAAUCCUCCUCCGUGUGUUCAAUUGGAAAUUCUUCCAUCCGUUUGUUCAUACGUCCAUUUCUUCAUUCGCUUAUUCGCUCAUUGCUUUGCAUUUUUAACUCUUAGGUUAUUUCGGGCAGCCAGCGCCCCUAUCAUUGUCUGUACUAUUAUUAUAAAUUUUUCUUUCUUGUAUAUUUUGGGGU